AUGGUCGUGUCCACUAUAAAAUGUGUCGUGGUCGGCGACGGAGCUGUGGGCAAGACGUGUCUGCUCAUCAGUUACACCACCAACAAAUUCCCCUCGGAGUAUGUCCCGACCGUCUUCGACAACUACGCCGUCACCGUAAUGAUCGGUGACGAGCCUUACACCCUCGGUCUCUUCGAUACAGCUGGACAAGAAGACUACGAUCGCCUACGGCCACUCUCGUACCCACAGACCGACGUCUUCCUCGUUUGCUUCUCCGUCACAUCUCCCGCAUCAUUCGAAAACGUACGAGAAAAAUGGUUCCCAGAGGUCCACCACCAUUGUCCUGGCGUGCCUUGCCUCAUCGUCGGAACACAGACGGAUCUUCGAGAUGACCCUUCGGUCAGAGACAAGCUCCAGAAGCAGAAGAUGCAGCCAGUAAGAAAGGAGGACGGCGAGAGGAUGGCGAAAGAGCUGGGUGCGGUCAAGUAUGUGGAGUGCUCAGCAUUGACUCAGUUCAAGCUCAAGGACGUGUUCGAUGAGGCGAUAGUGGCCGCUUUGGAACCACCCACUGUCAAGAAGCCAAAGCGCAAAGGCAAAGGGUGCAUCUUGCUAUAG